UCACCUGCUGCACACUGUCUGCAAAGCUCUCAUCUGUUCCUCCCAGCAAUCUCUCCUACCAAGUUGUAAGUAGAUUGUUAUCUAAAACAUUGUUCACUGCUCUGAAAACUGGAUCCAGUCCUUUCUUCAUCUGCAACUAAGAAGUCAUUACUUCCAUAUUCAAGAAGCAGCAGCAGAUCAGUUACAAAGGGGAAGGCAACAUUUUAGAAAUCUACAAAACUGAACUAAUUUUGCUACAAUAAAUUGAGAAAAGCUCUCAAUCCAAGGCUGGGUGAAGAGAGUGGUGUUAAGAAAAAAAGGAAACAAAGGCGCAAGAAAGACAAGACGACUGAGAAGCUGGAAACUCCAGAGGCCCCGGUGAAUGCAUUGCCAGCAGAGAGAAUCCAGGAAAUCCAGAAAGCUAUUGAACUGUUCUCUGUUGGCCAAGGCCCAGCAAAAACCAUGGAAGAGGCCAGCAAGAGAAGCUAUCAGUUUUGGGACACACAGCCUGUUCCUAAGUUGGGUGAAGUAGUAAACACGCAUGGACCCAUUGAACCGGACAAGGAUAAUAUUCGCCAGGAACCAUACAGCUUGCCACAAGGCUUCACAUGGGAUGCUUUGGACCUGGGGGACAGGGGUGUAUUGAAGGAGCUCUAUACUCUACUCAAUGAAAACUAUGUAGAGGACGAUGACAAUAUGUUUCGCUUUGACUACUCCCCUGAAUUCCUUCUGUGGGCUCUAAGACCUCCUGGGUGGCUACCACAAUGGCAUUGUGGUGUGAGGGUGAUCUCCAGCAGGAAACUAGUGGGAUUUAUCAGUGCUAUCCCGGCUAACAUGCACAUUUAUGACUUAACCAAAAAGAUGGUGGAGAUCAACUUCCUUUGUGUCCACAAGAAAUUGCGUUCCAAACGUGUUGCCCCAGUGCUUAUCCGUGAGAUCACACGUCGUGUGCACAUGGAAGGGAUCUUCCAAGCAGUUUACACUGCUGGGGUGGUAUUACCCAAACCUGUCGGUACCUGCAGGUAUUGGCACAGAUCAUUAAAUCCCAGAAAACUGAUUGAGGUGAAGUUCUCUCACCUGAGCCGUAACAUGACAAUGCAGCGUACAAUGAAGUUGUACAGACUACCUGAGGCCCCUAAGACAUCUGGUUUAAGACCGAUGGAGCUCCGUCACAUCCCUGCUGUGCAUAAACUACUGUAUCAGUACCUCUCCCAGUUCCACUUGGCCCCAGUCAUGACUGAGGACGAGGUCCAACACUGGCUGCUUCCUCAGGAAAGCAUCAUAGACACUUUUGUUGUGGAGACUCCAAAUGGGGAGGUGACCGACUUCUUGAGCUUCUAUACACUGCCCUCCACAAUCAUGAACCAUCCCACCCACAAAAGCCUAAAGGCUGCAUAUUCCUUCUACAAUGUUCACACCAAAACGCCUCUGAUUGACCUAAUGAAUGAUGCUCUAAUACUGGCAAAAUUGAAAGGAUUUGAUGUGUUCAAUGCACUGGAUCUCAUGGAAAACAAAACGUUCCUGGAGAAGCUGAAAUUUGGAAUUGGAGAUGGAAACCUACAGUAUUAUCUAUACAAUUGGAAGUGCCCCAGCAUGGGUGCUGAGAAGGUGGGCUUGGUUCUACAGUAAUUUUGUACCUAACCUAUAUCUGGAGGGAAUAGGGAGAGUGGGUGAAAUGGGCUACCAGCCAGCUCCCUUCCAGAGAUGGGAUACAGAAGAGAACAGCUUUGCAGAGCAGACUAGGAUUCUGUGCUUAUCCUAGGCACCUCUAUAGCUGUACAGGGUGGUGUGGGACAAACGUGGAGUCUCACCAUAGCGUGAUUUGAAUCAAGGAUUUUAGGGGGUUUUCUCUCCCUGCCCUUACCCUGCUAUGAAUGUCAAACUGUGCCCACUGUUCCUUGCCUCCUGUCAUCCAAAUCUAAAGGAGUUAUGGGUGAAUAUUAAAAUGUAUAUUAUAUAUAUAAAUAUGUAAAA